AUGUCUCUCCCUACGCAUAAUCGGAACCGCUCAGCGAGUGGUUCAGGCUUACUCAACACCUUUGCAUCAGUCAUACCGACACCUAUUACAUCGAUAUUCACCUCACCGAGGAUAUCUCAAGGAAUCACACUAGGGGUUGAAGAGGAAGGUAAAUUCGGGGAAUCCUCCAGUUCAGCUGGUGGGUUAUUAAGUAAAGAUGCUCCGGAGGGAUUGAAGAGAGUCGAAUUGAGAGUGGGAGGCAUGACAUGCGGUGCAUGCGUAGCUUCCAUCGAAUCUCAAUUGAAGCAACCUGGUAUUCAUUCCGUACAGAUUUCCCUGCUAGCCGAAAGAGGUGUAGUGGAGUACGACGAAGAUUUCAUAGAUGAUCAAGGAAAGAAAUGGGAUGAUGCGAGGAUAGCAGAAGAGAUUGAGGAUAUAGGAUUCGAAGCUACGGUAGUGGAAAAGAGUGAAGUUGACGAGGUCGAGUUGAGAGUGUACGGUCUGGAGAACCCAGAAGUAGUCAAUUCUUUGCUCGAGACAACCUCAAACUUGGCAGGUGUACAUUCAGCAACCCUCCCAGCACCUUAUACACAUCUCGCACUUACUCAUUCCCCCCUGCUCAUGUCACUUCGUACACUUGUCGAUACCUUAUCCGCUAGAUUCCCUCAGCUAUCUUUCCUUCCCGUAUCAACAAGGGACGAUUCACAAGUAGCAUCGUUACAGAAACACAAGGAAACAGCCACAUGGAGAAGAACAUUUAUGGUUUCCGCUAUAUUCGCUGUACCCGUUUUCGUUAUUGGGAUGUUAUCGAUGUACCUACCUCAUUGGUUAAUGGGCUGGACAAUGUGGAAAUUGGUCGAUGGGAUAUAUCUAGGCGAUUUGGUCUGUCUGCUGUUGACAAUACCGGUACAGCUGUUUUUGGCAAGGAGGUUUUACGAGAAUGCUUGGAAGUCUGUUAAACACGGUUCGGCCACGAUGGACGUCCUUGUCGUGCUCGGUACAUCCGCUACUUUCACCUACUCUGUCCUCUCCAUGUUCUUCGCUAUGUUUUCUUCUGAUCCAGACUAUCGCCCUCAAACCUUUUUCGACACAUCCACGAUGUUGAUCACUUUCGUCUCUCUCGGUCGAUAUAUCGAGAAUCUCGCUAAAGGCAAAACAUCAGCUGCGCUCACCGAUCUCAUGUCACUUACUCCUUCAUCAGCCACGAUAUACGUUAAUCCACCUGCUGAAGGGGAACCAAUAGAUACCUCGGCCGAAACAAGGAAAGUACCCACAGAAUUAGUUCAAGUGGAAGACGUAGUAUUGCUAGUUCCCGGCGAGAAGAUACCCGCAGAUGGUGUAGUCUUGACUGGUGCUACAUCGGUUGACGAAUCGAUGGUUACCGGCGAAGCUGUGCCCGUAGCUAAGAAAGUUGGUGAUCAAGUCAUAGGAGGAACUGUCAACGGACUGGGAACGGUCACAUUUAGAGUCACUCGUGCAGGCGCCGACACAGCUUUAUCUCAAAUUGUUAAAUUGGUCGAAGAUGCUCAAACUUCAAAAGCACCUAUUCAACAAUUCGCUGAUCGCGUAGCUGGUAUAUUCGUUCCUAUCGUUAUCACUCUCAGUCUUAUCACUUUCAUCGCAUGGAUGACCAUCUCACUUCUUAACUCUACUGGGAAUCUUCCCGAUGUAUUCCAUUCGCCUGGAGCAAGCAAAUUCGGCGUGUGUCUCAAGUUGUGCAUAUCCGUUGUGGUCGUCGCUUGUCCCUGUGCAUUGGGUCUCAGUACACCUACAGCAGUAAUGGUAGGCACGGGUGUAGGAGCUCAAAAUGGUAUACUUAUCAAAGGUGGGAAAGCUCUAGAAGCAUGUAAAGGUGUUGGACGAGUGGUCGUCGAUAAAACAGGUAAUUUAACUGCUGCAUCACCGAAUCCGAAUUUCGAAAUUGAUACACCAUCGACAUUAUCCCUGACCACCUCGGCGACACCCUUACAACGACACACGGUACUUUCAAUCUUGUCACUUGCAGAAGCUAGAUCCGAACAUCCAUUGGGUGUAUCGAUCGCAGCCUACGGUCGAGAUGUACUGUCCUCUGCGGGAUUAUCGCCACCUAAUGGAGAAGUGAUUGAAUUUGAGUCGUUUACCGGCGAAGGUUUGGAAGCUGUGGUUAGAUUAUCGAAUGGAUCAGUGGAAGAGAGAAUAAGGAUCGGUAAAUCGAAUUUCGUCUUAUCGCAAUCAUCAAUGAGUACCUUGGACGAAAAGACGAUGGAAGUGGAAUUACCAGUCAAGAUGAGGGAGUUUGAAGAGAAACAGAUGAACUUGGCUAGAACAGUCAUUUUCGUCUCUUUCAUCAGAUCAUCAACCUCCAUACCUGUCUUGGCACUCUCUCUGGCGGAUUCACCUAAGCCCUCUUCGGCGCAUGCUAUACGAGCUUUGAAAGAUAUGGGUAUCAAAGUGACGCUGUUAACUGGAGAUGCGGAAGUCACUGCUAAAGCCAUUGCCAAGCAGGUUGGGAUAGAUGAGAAUGAGGUGUAUGCGGGUGUCAGUCCCAAAGGAAAAGCAAAGAUUGUCGGUGAUUUGGGAUUAAAUGAUGGCGGCGGAGUAGCUAUGGUCGGAGACGGUAUCAACGAUUCACCAGCUCUCGUAGCAGCCUCACUCGGUAUAGCUUUAUCAUCCGGAACGUCCAUCGCGAUCGAAGCUGCCGAUGUAGUCCUGAUGAGAUCGGACUUAUUGGACGUAGUAGCAGCUUUGGAUCUAGGACAUCAUAUAUUCAGAAAGAUCAAAGCCAAUUUGAUUUGGGCAUGUUGCUAUAACAUUCUGAUGAUCCCUUUAGCAAUGGGUUUCUUCUUACCGUGGAAUAUCCAUUUACACCCUAUGAUGGCUGCUGCUGCUAUGGCUUUUAGUAGUGUUUCGGUAGUUUUUUCAAGUCUAACUUUAAAGUGGUGGAAAAGACCUAUAUCAUCCGUCAUGCCUGACGAACCUUAUUCACCCGGAGGAACCCUCAAGGGCCUGUCAAAGAUACUUUUCGAAUUCCAAGAUUCUAUGAGCUCGAUAAUAUCUCUAGGAUCGGAAAUGACAAGAAGCGGAAGUACUUUACCUUUAUUGAGGAGGUUGAGUUUACGUCGACCUAGUAGAUCAGCUUAUGAGGCUAUACCGUUAGAUAGGUCAAAUACACCUAUACCUAUUAGUCCAGUAUAG